AUGGCCGCGUCUCUCCGCGGCACCCUGACCUUGAACGCGAGAAGGCCGCCCAUUGGGGUUGGGUCGUCGCCGGAUGCUGUGAUCGCGUUGAGCGCCGGGAAAUGCAUCGCAUCCUUCGAGCGAUGCAAGGAGAGCGCCACGGUUGUCGACGCGCAAAGGCAGUCAUCCAUCGAAGACCAGCUAGCCCGCUUCUCCAUAUGGGCGUUCAACAUGGGCGUCUUCGCGAAGCCGAAGCUAUCAUUGGACCAUCGACUCAGAGAGGCAAUCGGACUUCGUGCUACCAUAGUCGGGCUUCUUGGUGUCUUGAAUGACCUCGUUGUCCAGCCUGAUCUCGGGGACCCUCUGUUGCAAAUUCCCGAUCGCAAUCAACGCCUUGCCGGAGGCGAUUUCGAGCGCCUUCUUUUGGAGAUUGCCAGCGAGCUCACGUUUCUUCAUGAUCUCUCAAACACGAUUCGCCAAGCAGGGAGAAAGGCACAGGAGGCCAAAGCCCCCAAAGACUUCGUCAUCAAGGACGUACAUGGGAACGAGCUCGAGGUACCCUUGAUGGACGCAUACGCAGGCAACAUCCUCGACCGCUUCCCUGACUGCAGUGAGGUGAUUCGAAGGCGAUUGGCCAAGACGAUGGUUCUGAGGAGGAAGCUGAUACUAUAUCGGAGGUUCCGCUACUCUGGCAACCCCAUCAAGCCCGCUGAACCUGUGACCAAGCCCACGAUCCAACCACCCCGGGAUCAAGCUCCCGUCGCCAAUCCACGCAGACCUAUGCGAGACUCGGACCCUGAAGCAACUACCAAUGUCAAUUUCAAGGUUGCCGAGAGUAUAGCGCAGUCGACCGCCAUGAGAAGCGCGACUACUCUUGCAAUGCCAGCCUUCCGAGAAGCUCAAGCGCCUACCGUGGUCUCAAGGUCGAGAACAGUCGCGAUCAGCUCCCACGAGCCACUCAUUUUCCCACCACCACCGAGCAAACACAUCAGGAAUAGAUACAAAUUGUUCAAAUUGAAGCAAGAGGAAAAGCUCGAAUACCGGUUGGGCCAGAUUACUGCACGCUAUACAGAAGACCCGAAAGGCGAAGAAAACGCAACGGAGGGGCUAAAAAACCUAUUAGCGAACGAGCAGCAGCAAAACCAACGAGAGCUGAAAAUUUUGUGGGAGGACUGCAAACAGUCUGUUGUUGAAGUGGUGUGCCCCUUCUGCCUCUGUAUUCUCACCAGCGCGGACCUGAAACAAGAGGAAGUUUGGAGAGAGCACGUCAAGAAUGAUCUAGACGCCUACGUAUGCCUCUUUGAGGAAUGUGAUCAGCCAGACAAGAUAUGGGCACGUAGCGAGGCGUGGUUGAAUCACAUGAAGCAACACACCCUGCGAUGGAAAUGUCCAGCAAAGGAACAUCGAGACCAGCACUUCGAGACGCAGGAGGCCUUUCGUACUCACCUCAUUGAAGGGCAUAGGAAGCCUUACAGCGACGCCGAGCUUGCCAUGCUGGUCGACAGGAGCAGAAAAGCAACAGGGCCACUAUUCACAUCAUGUCCCCUGUGUGGCAAAACGGUGGAAAAGGUGCAUGGCAUCCUUGAGCAACACAUCGCUGGGCACCUCAGAUCACUCGCUCUCAAGUCACUUCCUCCGGACUAUGACGAUGAGGACGACGAAGACGAGGAUGGAGCCAGUAAUCAGGGAUCUUUCGACGCGCUCUCUAACCGCAACACGAUCAGGGCCGUCACAGAUAUGGGAGAGCCACUCGUUUUCGAGGAUCAGGGUGAAGUCGGCGAAAUGCGGACGAGCGAGGUCCUCGCGAGCUCGAAACACAGAAUAGUGCCGGAACCUUUGGAGUUCGAGUUCGAUGUGUUCUCUCCAACGUACGGCGCAGAAACACUCCAUCGGGCGCUGCGGCAGCGAAAUGAAGCAUGGACGCUCACGUCCGGCUCUGCUGACCGAGCGCUCGUAACGAAUUACCUUGACGGCUGCGACACCUUCACGGGCCCAACCUCCAUGUCCCGUUAUGAUGCCGUCCGCGACGUGUUCACAUCGUCGACGCCUGAUUUCACCCUACCACUGGAUGCUGGUUCCCAGGGCACGACCACACUGCCCUUUGGACCUAUGUACACGCCAUUUCCUUCAACACUAUUGACUAUGAAGGAUACAGACAGCACGUCCGCGAUGACUGGAAUGAUGACGAGUCAUCACGGGGCAGUUGAUGAUUUUAUGGAAAUCGUUAGUUGGACAAGAAGGCAUCAAGGUCGUAUCGGAUAUCAGACCAUAAACGAUGCGCCUCAGACCAAUGCGCAAAGCGGGCUAGUCGAACCUUGGUUUCCAACGGACACCAACGAGGCCUGGUCGGUUGUCGAUGAGGAGCCUCGUGAUUUGUCGGCGGCAAACAUUUCCAACGCCCCUCGCUCUACACCGGCCCAGCCCGUAGAUCUAUCUCCAUUCGUGCCGCAUACCCACGGCUUUGUCAUUGCUCUCCUCACACAAAAGGCAGAGAGGGAGCCUGAGCUGCGCGAACUCAUGCUGCGAGUGGCUACGAAACGGGCAGGGGAACAGGAGUGGGACGAAUUUUUAGACCUACUUGGUCUUCUAAUACUUAAUUACUAUUCUUGGAGCGAGGACGAGAAGCGGGGAACCCCGACUCUCAUGCCAGACUCGACCAGCCUAGCGAAAGAAGACGGCGCAACAGCUACGUCGCAUGCACAGUUCGGACCUUCGACUUUUGACGCAGCGAAAUUAAAAAAGCCUGAUCACCUAAAGGCUAGGUGCAGAGGAUGCAGCAAAUGUUUCACGAGCCACGACGAACUAGUUGGACACGUCGUCGCGGCGCACCAGGGCAUCGUAAAGCGGUACAUGUGCCGGGACCCCGCGACCGUCGGCCUUAGCUCCAGCCUCCGGUGCGAAAAUCCUCUAUUCAAUUGUUCAUCUUGCGCGUCAAAGAAGCGCUACACGAGGUGGCUCAGUGCAGGUUCGCAUCUCGCAAGCUGUCACUUCGAGCGGCGCGGGUCUGGGAGCAGCAAGGAGAAGAGCGUGUCGAAGGAGACGCGCGGGACCACGAACGGUGGCAGUGACGAUAUGUCGACGGAUCUGCAAGUCGUUUCAGAGCUCAAGCUCUGGGUCGAAGAGGUGUACGUCAGUGCUGAUGGAUACGUGCUGGAGCCGAUUGACGCCGCGAAGCAUGGUCUGGGACGAAUUGACCCAGAUAUCAUGUUUCCUACGGUAAAGUGGGCGAGGUGAGGGGGAUCUAGACGGACCCUUAUCAUAUAUAUUACCGGUAGAACCUUGGGAGGGCACGGAAUAGGUUAUACAGCUACGGGCAUAGCCUGUUUGACCUUGAGAGCUAGAGGUAAGGAUUAAAGGUAGAGGUCGGAGGUAAAGGUCGGAGGUACGAGUCAAAGGUAGAGGUCGGAGGCAAAGGUUAGAGGCAGGGAUCGAAGGCAGAGGGAGGUCAAGUCAGAGGCAGAG